AUGCAUUCGUUUCAAUGUCUUCCAUAUCGACAACCAAAUGACUGUUUAUAUAUGCCUCCAGGAUUACAUGCAUUUCCCUCAACACUUUCAAUGAUUAUUAUUUGUUUAAAUGAAUCACUAGCUGUACUAUUGAUUAAUUCAAAUGUUAAAAUGACAUCAACAUUAAACGAUUCAUUAAAUAUUGAUCUUGUUAAUACAACCGCUUAUCCAACUAUCAGUGCAUUACCUAAAACACAAGGUCCUAUUUGUUUAUAUGUACUUCAAUAUGAUGAAAAACUUGAUUGGUAUUAUUCAUCAUAA